CGGCCCGGUGGAAAAUGGGCAUGUCAUGCCAACACAUAUCCACAUGUGAAAUAAUCCCCUACAGAUUUUCUUGUAGUAAUCGUGCAGAAACAACAAAUAUUAACAAAUUGAUGUAACUCUACUAUAAGUAAUAUCCAAACCGAUUUCCUUGGAUUAUUCAAUCUCUUUAAUCUGCAAUCAGUCUCGAUUCUUCUCAGAUUUCUAUCUCUUUUAAGUAUAUAACCCAAAAUGGUUGAGGAGAAGGCCUUCAUUGCUAAAGAUGUGACUGAAUUGAUUGGGAAAACGCCAUUGGUAUAUCUCAACACUGUCGCCGAUGGUUGUGUUGCUCGUGUUGCUGCAAAGCUGGAAGGAAUGGAACCUUGCUCUAGUGUUAAAGACAGGAUUGGGUUCAGUAUGAUUACUGAUGCUGAAAAAAGCGGGCUUAUUACACCUGGAGAGAGUGUCCUGAUUGAGCCCACCAGUGGAAAUACUGGCAUUGGAUUAGCCUUCAUCGCAGCAGCUAAAGGUUACAAGCUCAUCAUUACGAUGCCAGCAUCAAUGAGUCUUGAGCGGAGGACUAUUCUCAGGGCCUUUGGUGCUGAGCUUAUCCUUACUGAUCCAGCAAAAGGUAUGAAAGGGGCUGUUCAGAAGGCUGAGGAGAUCCGUGACAAAACUCCUAAUUCAUAUAUACUACAACAGUUUGAAAACCCUGCCAACCCAAAGGUUCAUUAUGAAACAACUGGACCAGAAAUUUGGAAAGGCACAGGUGGAAAAAUUGAUAUAUUCGUCUCUGGAAUAGGGACUGGAGGUACAAUAACAGGUGCAGGAAAAUACCUAAAGGAACAAAACCCGGAUGUUAAGCUAAUUGGCCUGGAACCAGUGGAAAGUGCUGUAUUGUCUGGAGGAAAACCUGGCCCACAUAAGAUUCAAGGACUUGGAGCUGGAUUCAUACCUGGUGUUCUGGAUGUGAAUAUUAUCGAUGAAGUGGUUCAGAUAUCCAGUGAAGAAUCUAUUGAAAUGGCCAAAUUGCUCGCCCUCAAGGAAGGUCUACUGGUUGGGAUUUCAUCUGGUGCUGCUGCUGCCGCUGCCAUUAAAGUGGCAAAGAGGCCUGAAAAUGCUGGAAAACUCAUCGUCGCUGUCUUUCCCAGCUUUGGCGAACGAUAUUUAUCCUCGGUGUUGUUUGAUUCAGUGAGGAAGGAGGCAGAGAGCAUGGUUAUUGAGUCCUAAGUUCGAGUUCUCCUUUAAUGGUCUUGGAUACUUCACAGGCUUUGGUCUUUUCAUGUGGUCUAAAUCCUAGUUUUCUUCUGUUUUCCUUUUCUUUUCUCGUAGACAUGCAAAUCGUGGCCCUUCUGUAUUAGAACAAUGUCAGUUGUGUCCUUGAUGUUUGGUCAUCAUGCACUGGCAACUAUGGUUUGUGAUGUAUAAAAUACUCUUUCAUGUUCUUCCA